UGGGUUGAAGAAUCAAUGAAAUAGUCCCUCCAAGCCUGAUUGCCUCCAUUGCCAGUCUCAAACAUGGGGAUGUAACAAAUUGUGAAGAAUUAGCAAAACACGCUCUUGGCUUAUGAGCGAACUAAAACUGUUCAGGGUUAUCGAUUAACUAAUGGAGGAUAUGAUUACCUUGCCUUGAAAACUCUUUCUUCUCGACAAGUUAUCAGUUCAGUUGGAAACCAAAUGGGUGUUGGAAAAGAAUCAGAUAUUUAUAUUGUUGCAAAUGAAGAAGAGGAGCAACUUGCAUUAAAGUUACAUCGGCUUGGGCGAACAUCCUUUAGGAAUUUAAAAAAUAAACGUGAUUACCAUAAACACAGACACAAGAUGUCAUGGCUCUACCUCUCACGUCUUGCUGCAAUGAAAGAAUUUGCCUACAUGAAGGCUUUGCAUGACAGAAAAUUUCCAGUUCCAAAACCAUAUGACUACAAUAGACAUGCAGUAGUAAUGGAACUUGUCAAUGGCUAUCCACUAUGUCAAGUGCACCAGCUUGAAGAUCCUGCCUCUCUCUACAAUGAAUUAAUGGAAUUAAUUGUCAAACUUGCUAACCAUGGUUUGAUCCAUGGUGAUUUUAAUGAGUUCAAUCUCAUGUUGGAUAACGAAGAUCAAAUCACAAUGAUAGAUUUCCCACAAAUGGUGUCUACUUCUCAUCCAAAUGCUGAAUGGUAUUUUGACAGAGAUGUGAAAUGCAUUCGUGAUUUCUUCAUGAAGCGCUUUGGCUUUGAAAGUGAACUUUAUCCAAUGUUCAAGGAUAUUAGAAGAGAAUGUUCUCUUGAUGUUGAAAUUGCAGCCAGUGGUUACACCAAAGAAAUGCAGGAAGAUGAUGAGCUUCUCUACCCAGUUUGCCCUCAUGAUGAGGGUCAUGAAACUUUUGACACACAAAGCCCUGAAGGGGGAGCAACUUUGGGUAGUGGCACAGAUCAAAAGACUGAUAAAGAACAGAAAGCCUCUGAAAUUUUGGUACAAACCAGUGAAGAGGAUAGUACAGAUGAAAGUGAACAAAGUUUAGAGCUGCAGGAGUUCAGCUGUGCCUUACAACAAAUUGAAGGACAAUUUAUUGCUGCUGCCGAUGGGGCUAACACAGAAGGUUCUGUAAUUGAUUUUUCUGAGGAUAAAAAGAAAAUUGAAAAAUCUACCAAAAUUGAAGAUCAGACAAGUCAAGGAGAAGAUCCUGCUGACAAAGAGUAUGAAGAUGAAUGUCCUGAUCUAGUUGACUUGUCCACAUUAAACAAAGAAUGCAGGCCUUUCAGAGAUGAAGGAACUUUGUUUCAUAUCAAUGACCACAGAACAAGAACCAUGAGUAUGACAUCAAUAGAUAGUGCUGGGAGCCGUUCAACAAUUCCUCCAGAACUGGUCAGACAGAAGAUAAAGCGUCAGCUGACUAAACAGCAAAAAGCUGCGCUCAGACGGCGGCUGCAGAAAGGAGAAGCCAAUGUUUACACCAAACAACAGCGAGAGCACAUGCAGAAUAUCAAGUCAAGUUUGGAUUCUGCUAGCUUCUGGGGCUGACAUCAUACAGAAUUCCUUUGUGCCACACAAAUCAAAGAAAAAAGGGGAUUUCUGCUUCCAUUCUUGCUUUUGUAACCUGAAUAUGUUUUGGAUCUAUAGAUGUCAAUUAAAGAUAUUGACUGUCAAUUAAA